AUUGCAGAUCGAAGAGCGUUUCGUUGGCUGUGAGGACGCCAAAGUUAUGAAAGUCACUAUAUAAAGGAAGGUAGCAACUGAUGUUACAGAUGAAGUUGAUGGCAGUGGGAUAUCCUACACUGGGCGGAGGAGGGGAGUUAGGGUCAGUGGGAAAUAUAUGCCGCCACUUGACUGGGAGAGAGUAGUAACAAAACAUACCGCAAGCUCUUCAGGACAUUCCUACCUUCACAGGCCAGGCCUCUCAAUUGUCACAGCGGCGUCCCCUGCCACGCCAGCCCAGCCCAUGCUGGCUCAGGAGCAAGUGGGAGAUAGAAAGCAGGAAGGAAGCUGUCAAAAGGAAGAAGAAAAGUCCGAAGAAGAAUGGGAAACAGGCAGUGCAAACGAGGAGGCAAAGAGUCACCGCAUUAUUGUUUCAAAGACAGGAAUUUCAAAAGACACAAUAGAAGAACUGAAAGCCCUUCUGAAGGAGAGUCCUUUAGUUACCAGUCGGCAGAAAGCAAACGAUAAAUUGAAUUCGCCCCAGAGGUUAGCAACGAAGGACUGGGAUGGGAAAUCCAGAGAGGCAGCUGGUAAACUAUCCACUAACUCAAAAGCAUAUCCUGGCAUCCCUGAAGCGCCGAGUGCUCCGAGACCAAGUGAGCUGUCCAUCAAAGACAAGCCAUCAAAUCAUGCUGUGGAAACUCCACAGAUCCAGACACAAGAGAAAGCCAACAUCAAACCCUCAGCCUUGAUAUCAUCAGCUUUACAUGGUCGCACUGAUAGCGGACCGGCAUCAAGACAUGACCCAGCCUCGAGUUCAAAUGUUUUUGGAAGCAUCGAAGAAAGUGUUCUGACCACCAGUUCAACUCCUUCACAGAUAGGCUUUACGAUUGAGCAAGUGAAACAGCGGAUCACAAGAGAAGAUAUACGGUUCAUUCGCUUUGAAGCAAGUGAUCUUAAUGGAAUUUCAAGAUCAAAGACAAUACCAGCUCGAUUUUUUCAGGAGAAAGUGCUCCAUGGGGUACCCAUGCCCAGAAGUUACCUGGAGCUGAUUUUGAGCCCAAAGGAAGAUGCAGCAGAUCAUCCCGGUUGCAAUGGUGAAGACAUCCUCUUGAUGCCCGACAUUUCUACCUUCAGGGUGCUCCCGUGGGUGGAGAAGACUGCGAGUGUGAUUUGCGAUUGGUGCUCGGCCACAGGUUGUCCCCUGCCCACUUCCCCCAGGCAGGUGGCCAAGGUGCAGCUGCGCCAUCUUAGCGCCCUUGGCCUCGCCUUGCGUUCCUCCUUCACCUACCAGUUCUGCCUCGACAACUUCGCCCAGGCGUUGAAUCCUCCGGCAGCUCUCCCGGCCGCCACCCUCCUCAACAACCACCACCAGAGUUUCGCGCAGGAGUUGAUGGAGGGGAUGUACGGCGCUGGGGUGGACGUGGAGAGCUUCUCCUCAUCGCGGUGGCCUGGGCAAAUGGAGGUGGCGCUGCGGGCCGAGUCGGGGCUGGGCGCGGCGGACAACGCCUUCGCCUUCAGGACGGGGCUGAAGGAGCUGGCAAGGAAACACCAGCACAACGCCAGCUUCUUCUCACCCCUGAGCUACGGCAACCUGGGCACUCUCUCCCACAGCCUGUGGGAGGCGGGCGGCAGGUGCAACCUCUUCGGCCGGGCCGGGGAAGAUGGCGAUGGCGAGGGGCUGUCGGGCAAGGCCAGGGCAUGGCAGGCCGGCCUGUUGCUCCACGCCGCCGCCCUCAGCUGCCUGGCGGUGCUGGGCGACGCCUGCCACCAGCGGUACAGCCCGGGGAAAGGACAAGGGACCACCCGCGGCUCCGACCACACCAGCUGGGCCUUCAACGGAGAUGGAAGAAGAGGAGCCCGCCUGGAGAACCGGCUGGGCUCGGCGGCCGCCAACCCCUACCUUGUGCUCGCCGCCACCGUGGCGGCCGGGUUGGACGGGUUGACCGAGGACGGAGCACAGGCGGCGAAGGUCUGCACCAUCCCAGAGCGGCUGGAGGAUGCUCUCGAUGCACUGGAGAGCGACCGCUGCAUCCAGAGGGCACUGGGGGAAGCCUUCACCCAACACUUCAUAGCUGUCAAACGCCACGAACUGGCGACACAGGCACCAGAUGGUGAGGCCGACAAGUACUUGGAGUAUUUCAUCUAGCAAAACAUUUACAAACGGCAGAGAUUAUUCAUUCCAUGUGCAACAGACCAUUUACAGGAUGUGUCAUAUAAUGUGAAACACAUUGUAUCACAUCCAGAUUGCAGGCUGCAUAUAAAUAUUUCAAAGGUCAGUAAGCCCUCAUUUUUCACGGAUCUCUAUAGAAACAUAGAAAAUAGGUGCAGGGGUAGGCUAUUCGGCCCUUCGGGCCAGCGCAGACAUUCAAUAUGAUUAUGGAUCAUCCAAAAUCAGUACCCUGUUCCUGCUUUCUCCCCAUAUAGCACCCAAAUUUAAUAUGAUCAUGGCUGAUCAUUCAAAAUCAUUUCCCUGUUCCUGCGUUCUCCCCAUAUCCCUUGAUUCUGAUACCCCUAAGUGCUAUAUUUAACUCUCCCUUGAAUACAUCUUUAUAACAGAUCUUGGUUAUAAUGGACUGAUCUACCUUCAAUGCCAGGCUGGGCUGCCGACGCCACCCUGGGCCCGUGUCACCUAUCCGGCCGCAACUGCCAUCGUGCCUUUUCGGUCACCCUGGCCACGUCUGCUGCCACCGCCACUCAGGUUGCACCUGCCACAUGCACCCCUUGCCUGAACUCUGGCCGUGACCGAUGACUCCGCUGAUCCGCGUCUCUCCCCAAGUUGCCAGAAGGUUGGGGCUGGCAACUCAACUGGAUUCCAGGCAGAAAGUCUGAAGAAAGGUCUCGACCCAACUCUUCUAUCUUCUAUCAGAAGUUAAGUCCUCGUAUUCUCAGUUGGCAUACUGAUUAAGUAAAUGUGAUGUACAAAUAAUUUCAUGCGAUAUCUGAGAACUUGGCUUACUUGAGAAAUAAAUCUUUCUUCUGAUUCUGUGUAUGGGUAAUUUGACAUGAUGCAAUCUUUUAAUGAAAAUUGAUGUUAAAGAAAUUGGGAGGGGAACAUUAUCUAUUAUAAUAUAAAACU